UCCAAUACGAAACUUCCUGUGGCUCAUCUGUCUGUCGCUAUGAGUUGUGACGAGAAGAAUAACAAGCGAAGGAAGAAGCGUUCGAAGCAGAGUUCGGAAGCGAAUUCGCACGCUCCGAAAUCAGUCGAAAAUCGUGAGGUAUGUAGGCCGAACAUUAAGCACACGCAAUGCAGUUUUCACUAAAAAAAAAAAGGAUCAACACUAUCAGAAGUGGGUUUCAGGUGAUGUACAUCUGUUGUUUUGACGGUAAUUUUCUAUUUCCGUCUAGCUUUAGUCUUGGCCUUGGUGGUUUGCUCAAAAUGGAAUGUUUGUUUUUCACUUAGACGUCUUUCAUGUUAGUUGCAUGGCUUUGAAAUGGGUUCCAUUUCUAUCUAUUUACCUCCAUUAAACACGACAUAAAUUAUAAAGCGAUGAUUUUGCUUGGUUUCGUUUCGGCCAUCGCGAAAAGAAGGAUUUUUGUUUCGCUUCAACAGACACUGCCAUUUAGUUGGGUUUCUGGCAUCGAGUCAUUAUUUUCAGACUUUCAUAUCGCAUGUUUAGACGAGGUGUCAUGGAGGUUAUUUAUCACUUAGCAGCGUGUUUAGCUGGUAAAGUAAAGAACACUGUUGUUCCCUUUGAUAAUGAUUCUCUGUUAUAAACUUUUUUGUUGUAAAGAUAUUUCCAGUUUAAUGACCGACGUAAUUAGAAAUAACAGUUGGUAGAAGACACGAAUUCCAGCGAUCAUGUAAUGCUGGUGUUCUGUGAACACAUUCCAUAACAGAUUUUUAACAUCUAUCUCGAUUGUGAAUUUGAAAAUAUUAUUACCCCCAUUAUAUUAACUGGCGGAAUUAUUUUAUAUGAGAUGUGAAAUUGAUAUUUCACUUAGAGAUACGAUCUGAACCUUCUGUUUUCACCGUAUUUGCAUGCUUCAAGAAGUUGUCAUUGCUUGUGAAGCCAUUGAGCUAAUUUAUUUUUAAAUGGUCUACGUUGUUUACCUAUAAAGAGAGACAAAGUUUAUAACUUAUAAACACAGUCUUCAGAAGUCUUCCUCUUGUAACAAGGUAAUGUCUGUUUUAUGCACUUGCUUUUGUGUCAAUCUCCUUUCAAUUUUACUGAAGUGGACAGAAUUGGGCCACUGAUUGUUAUUUGUUAUCGUUCUUUUAUACUUUGUAAGUCAGUGAAAUUUGACUUUGCUUUUGUUUCAUGAUAUUAGGGAGGAAAAGCGGUUCAAACUCAUGUCAACUCCUCAGACGUUAAACUUUCUCAGGUCAGUACUGUUCCAUUUAGAGCCAAGUUGUUUUGACCCUUUCUUUCUUGUUCAUGUCAAAACAAUCUUCAAAUAAGCAAAAUUGUUUCAUAAACAUUGCAUUUAUGCCUUGUAUUUUUUUGUAUUUUGUGGGAACUAGAUUAUUGCAAUUGGUCCGGUGUGAUUACUAUGAUAUCUUCCUGUGACAAGCUGCAUCCUCUAGAAACAGUCACGGUUAUGUGUACAGACCUUAAACCAUUUGCCCCCUGGAGAUUUUGCCGAAAAAAGCGUUUUAAAGCUAGUUGAGGGGUUUUCUGUUCACUGUCAUUCUAUAGGAGGGGGACAUUGGGGAUUUGCGGUGUUGCGGUGUUGGGCAUUUUUUCAUGCGGUGUUGCGGUGAAUAAAAUCUCAGCUUGCGGUGUUGCGGUGUUCUUAAACCUCACGGUGUGCGAUGUUUGCGUCUUAAAGUCUGCGGUGUUCGGUGAAACGAAGUUAUCUGCGGUGUCGCAGUUUCCAUUUUGAAGCCUGUCAGUUCUAAAUUUAGCCUCCAUCAUGUUUGAUUUGAAAUAAAAUACACUCUAAGGGUCCUCUAAUACUCUCUAGUUAAUAUUAAAUACGCUGCCCGUCACCAAUCCUAAGCCUGUUUUUCAUUUAUAUUAAGUAACUUGAUAAGCAACGUGACCUUCGCGACCCGGAUCGCCACAUGUACGUCCGUCAGGCAAGAUGAGCGAAAACCUUGCGACUGACGCAGCUGAUCCUGUCGAUCCUGAAUGCGUAGUUCAUUGCGUAGCUUUUUUUUAAGAGGAGGGCAAAGGUGGAGAAGACUAUAGGUGGAAAAACAAAUUUCGAUGCUCCAUAAACAAGGAGGAAAAGAGACUCGCGAAGUUUGUAGAAUGCAUUUGGUAAGUAACACGCAUUGUCUCUGUAUCUGAAUAUCGUAGCUAGUCUGAUACGUCAAAUACUACGUACUUUUCCUAUUUCCCCGACUACUAGCACAACUGGCCGCCAUCUUGGAUUUAAGCGUGACUACAACUACCAUACUGCCUUUCGGGCGUGUUACGUCAUCAUGCAUACGGUCUAUUGCCUGAGUACCCAUAGUUAAAAGGUUUCAAAGCCUGAAACUUAAAUAUUCAAGAAAGGAGACUGGGAGUAUUUUUCUGUGACAAUGUAAAUUAAUUUCAGGACAAGCGACUCUCCGGAAAUAUUCUUGUAGCACGAGGCAGCGGUAAUUUUCCCGUUCAAGUUCAUAGAUCUUCUAGGAUUCUAGAGUCAAAGUGUACGUAACAACCAAGAUCGAAAGGCAUAGGCAGAGUAACUACAGCUUUGGCCUCGUUAUGUGUUGUUUCAGAGAUUUUCUUAAGGUCAAAGGCAAAAUCUUGAAAGCUUUAUCUUGUACUGACGCUAAAAUCAUCAGACUGAAAAUAGAUAUUGCGGUGACGGUGAUCCAGCGACUUUUCUUGCGGUGAUGCGGUGUUCGGCAAAAUUUUUUGCGGUGUUGCGGUGUUCAGACCCCCCCAAUGUCCCCCUCCUAUAGAGAGCUGAAAUUUACCACAAAGCCAUUUACAGAUCGUACGUGCACUUCACGACCUUCUGAUCCAGAUGCAAAGUAUUAGCUUGUGAAGUUCAGGCAUGCAUGGAAAGCAAAAUGUCGACACAGCAGCAUGUUUUUGUGACACAGCAGUCUUGAAUUUUACUUUUCGCUUUCUCUCCUCAACUCUUUUUUCAGUUUUCUCGCCUCAAUUUCUUUCUCUUUUGCUGGGUAUUUGGUAGGCUUCAUUUUGGUGGGAAAAGUUGUUAGGAAAGCUAUUAGGAUCUUGGGAUUAGAUGAAAGGAAAGGUGGAUGGGAAGUGGGACAAGACUUUCAUGGAAAUUUUCAGGUCAAUGUUACAUGGUUUUUUGCAUUUUUUCUGGUCUCCUUCGCUGAAUUGUGCUUAUUCUGCCAUGGUUUGAAAGAUCUCUUCACUCUGCUCAAGUUAGUUGACAAAGUUGUCCUUGGCCAUUAAAACUGAUGAUGUCACAAGGGGUAGAAAGGACAGAGAUCCGCAUGGGCGGUUACAUGUGUCUCAGGGGCAAAUGGGUUAAGGUUGUAACUCAAACACAAAUCGUUAGUUUCAUAAUUAGAUUAGAUUGUAGAAUUGACAGGGAAAUUCCAGAGCAAGAAUGUGCUGAUCGUGGUAUCCACCAGGCAGUCUUAAGUCUACCCUGCGAGCAGAGGUUUCUUUUUGGCAUAGUUUUUAGCAUUUGUAAAGUCAUUCACAUGGCUUGUCAGACACUUAGUUGAUUUGUUUACGCUCCAAGAGAAACCUCUGCAGCAAGCCAUCUGUAGUUUUCAUAGUUAACUCAUUGUCUAUAGGGAUAAUGACACAAAUUUCAUCAACUGGAAGAAAUACAAUGCAAUCAAAAAGUACUUUUGCUUGUUCCAUUUCUGGACAAGUAGUCCAGGUCGUAUUUUCAAACAACGAAAUAUACGUGUACAUGUAGAUAAUUUAANGCUGAAUUGUGCUUAUUCUGCCAUGGUUUGAAAGAUCUCUUCACUCUGCUCAAGUUAGUUUACAAAGUUGUCCUUGGCCAUUAAAACUGAUGAUGUCACAAGGGGUAGAAAGGACAGAGAUCCGCAUGGGCGGUUACAUGUGUCUCAGGGGCAAAUGGGUUAAGGUUGUAACUCAAACACAAAUCGUUAGUUUCAUAAUUAGAUUAGAUUGUAGAAUUGACAGGGAAAUUCCAGAGCAAGAAUGUGCUGAUCGUGGUAUCCACCAGGCAGUCUUAAGUCUACCCUGCGAGCAGAGGUUUCUUUUUGGCAUAGUUUUUAGCAUUUGUAAAGUCAUUCACAUGGCUUGUCAGACACUUAGUUGAUUUGUUUACGCUCCAAGAGAAACCUCUGCAGCAAGCCAUCUGUAGUUUUCAUAGUUAACUCAUUGUCUAUAGGGAUAAUGACACAAAUUUCAUCAACUGGAAGAAAUACAAUGCAAUCAAAAAGUACUUUUGCUUGUUCCAUUUCUGGACAAGUAGUCCAGGUCGUAUUUUCAAACAACGAAAUAUACGUGUACAUGUAGAUAAUUUAAUCGCUUUAUCCAAACUUUUCUCACUGAUUUCACAAUAUUCUCUGGACAAGACUAUAUAUGGAAUAAUUAUUCUUGGGGGAACUUAACUGCUUUUUAAUAACAAGCUCUUUCAGCUAAAGUACAUUUUAUUUCUGGAGUGUGGAGAAAGCAGUAAAACAUAUAAAUUUCGUGUCUGCCACCAAGAUUUUGGAGGUGUUUAAAGAGCAUGCUCAAUAGAAACCACAGACAGCUCGCUGCAGAGGUUUCUCGCGGGACGUAAACAAAUUAACCACGUCACUUUCAAGCCACUUGAACAACUUUACAAAUGCUAAAAGCCAUACCAGAAAGAAACCUCUGCAUGCAGUUUAUCUUGAGUCACAUGGCUACAGUAUUUAACCCUAAAUAAUAUGACAUGGUAUCCUGAGUACAGUCAGGGCUGUUUUAAUAAUUAGUAUUAGAUCAACUCUGCCUGACAAAGUGAAAUAAUUCUAACACUCAUCAUUAAUUAUCAUUAGAAAUACGUUAUCACAAAAAUCUCACAAAACUAAAAAGGGUCAUGCAGUGAGAAUAAACAGAAACAAGCCACAGAGUAAAAUUUAUACGAUGAAAGAAAAAAAUAACAACUGGAGGUAGACCUGCCAGGAUUUGAACUUGCACCCCAGCUUACUCCAGUGCAAAAAGUGAUGCCUCAUACUACGGGGCCAUGGGACCACUGCACAGUUUUUUUCUUAAAAUUAAUACAAGUGAAGUAUUUUUCUCUGCCAUUCACACUGUUUGAACCUUGUGAAGCUGUAUUUAUCAUGAAUUCAAAGAUACAUUGGAGGAAAAAUGGCUUAAAUGAGUAUUUCAAAACCAUUUUGCAUUCACUCACGGGCUUUAUAUACAUGUAUGCUGCUCGAUGAACACACUAGUCUUCAUCUUCGCUGCUCUCGCUGAAGUUCAGGUUGCCAUUUUUUCAGUGUUUAAAAAUCUUCCACAGCAAGAAUCUCCAGCCACUUAUCCACUCAGUCUCUGUUGUGUUUGCAGCCCACUGUUAUUUGCCUCAGAAAUAGUUUGCAAUUCACCAGGCGAUUUGCCAACAUACAGUAAACAGAGGAUAAAUAAAAUUAGUCCUAGUCAGUGGCCGUGUUGCCUGGAAACCCAAAAUGCACGAUGAUGUCAGGCUGAAUGGCAUCUUUAGGAUUUGUUUAUGGCUUGUUGCUAGGCAACUUCAGAUACCAAACUGAUAGAAAGAAAGAUAUAUGACCAAAGCAAAAAUCGCACUCCGCUUGCAAUUCUCGUGCAACAAAAUUAUAAACUGGCCCCGCGAGAAUGAUAAAUAAAUUAAUUAUUUCUUGAUGUAACCAUUUAAUGAAUGGAAAUAACUCAAUUAUUAAUCCUGCUUGUCAAAAUGUUUUGGGGGGCUAAUCAACUGAUUCUUGGAGUAGUAUUAUGCUACCUACACCUUGCCUUUAGGCAAGCUGUUAAACUAACUUUCUGUGUACCUUGAGUCCUGUGGCCCAUUUCUCUAAAGUCCCUUUAACUUUAAUCAGAUUCUAAAGAAUAAAAUAGCAGUUUCUAGCUAACAAACCAGUCCAUUUCAUUUUGUUAACUGAUAGUUUAUCAUGUUAUUUGUCAAAACUGUCAUUAACUAUCAGGACUUUUGAGAAAUAGGCCACUUCUAUUCUUUUAAAUAAACUCCAUGUACAGUCAUUGUACAUGAUGCAUUAAAUGCUAAGAAUGAUUGCAUUUCUUAUAAAGCUCUUUCCUUUUUUUGUCAGCAGAUCCUGUACAAUUCAACUCCAAAAUCUGACAAUGCGCCUAAAGCUGGAACACCAUGUAUUGAUGGUGAAAGAUGCCUUCUUUGUCACAAAGAACGUUAUGACAAGCUCAAGAAAGGUGUGAAAGCUGUUUUGUUAUUUUCCUCUCUAAAAAGUGUUUAAAGCAUUACAUUGUUCAGACAGAAUAACAGUAAAGUUGCAAUGUUUGUUUGACAUUGCUGUCUGUUGUUUUGUUUGGCAAUAUAAUAGGAUAGCUAUUAGGAUAGUGUUUGGGUAAAUCAGUAAUAAACCUGGAAAUCCAGGACUAUAUCGAAUUCUACCCUAGCUUUUUCCAAGAUCAUAAAGUUCUUGAAAAUGACAGCAGGUUGUUGGAAAGUCCUUGAUGCUGAUGAUGUUUCACCACCCAGACUUAGGUAGUGCUUUUCAUUGGUUGAAGCAAAUUUCCCGUGUGGCAUGACUAUUCAGAAGCACUACCCAGAUCUGGGUAGUGACACUCCAUUAGUAGGGAAUUUCUGCUCUCGUUCAUCAGGCGUCAUUUCACAGGGAAACUAGAUUAUCAAUUUCCUUGUUCUCCUAGCCCUAAUUAAUAGGAAUAAUUAGUGCUACGAGACAAAGGAAAUAGAGAACCAACCUAGGCUGAAAAAUUUUAACCUGAAUUUAAUUUUGACCUGUAACAUAGACAGAAGGUUAUUACAUCCAUGUACAUGUCAUCCCUUGGCUUCUGCCAGUACUGUGUUUUUAUAAUUUGUGUAUAGUGUAGGGUUGAUGCCCUGGCAUAGAUAUGUAAAAGUUCAUGUAUUUUCUCUUUAACCUCAGGUGAACUCAAGUCUCUAUCUUCUAAUUCAACUGAAACCCUCGUAUCACAGGUGAGAUUCUACAUUUUUGUAUCUUCUUUAUAAAGCUCUCCAGGGGAGUUACUGUACAUGAUUACUAAUAACAAGUCAGUGAAAUGCUUGUAGCAAAAUUUCAUACAGCAUCCUUCAGGGUUUUCCGGUACAUGCAAAUACGCGUCAGAAACGCGUUGUUUAGCUGAAAAAGAAAAAAAAGGACUCAAAACACCAAAGAGAACCGGUCCUCUCGGACACACAUGAUCUAGAGCGAUAGUUUACUAAUAGUUUAGAACUGCGUAGAUCUGCCAAAAACCUUUUUUGAGAAUAAAAUAACAUUAUAAAGACUUUUGAAUCUUGUUCUUUUGUCUGACUCCUUUUUAAAACUAAAAAGAACCAUACUCACAUUGAAUGGUUCUCAGGCUUUCUUUUUUGAUGUUCCGAUCGGGGAACCACGUUGAAACUCCUUGUAGAGGCUUGGGAACUAUUGUUUCAUUGUGAGGCAUUCUGGAAGAGAAAGGGAGUUGAAAAAACAUAGCAGAUUCGGAAUCACAGCCAGGUGAGCCCGUUAAGAAAAAGAGGCGUUUUCUGCUUGGUUGAAAGAAUUUAUAUGGUUGCGAUAUCUGUAAGUCAACAGGUGAGAGAAACCCUCUCACAACUAUAGUCUGUCAUAAUCUUCAGAAGUCGGCCCUGGAAACAUGUGGAAAGGCACUAAAAUUCUAAAGAUCACAUUUUGAGUAUCAGUGACCUCAAGCGUAGAAAAAGCUUUCAAGCAACAGUUUCAAAUGUAAAGAAGAACAUUGACAAUCAAACCCUGGAAAUUACAAGGAGGCACAUUGUUCAGCUUAAAACAGUGUAUCUUAUGACUACACAUAAGAACAAUAUUGUGUGGUUCCAGAAAAUAUCCAGACCUCCACCACGGAGGGAAUUGGAAAUUCCAGGGGGGUGGGGGGGUCAGAGGCCCAGGAAAUUCCAGAGGGGAGGGUGGUUGGGCGUUAAAAUCACUUUCCGGGGGUAAAUAUCAUUUCAUUUUCGACCUGAGUUCGAACAUUGCUUCUUACCGAACUGUUAGAUCAUUUUUAGAACAUAAAUAACUUGAAAUUUUUCAUUUAAGAUUGUUCCUUUUGAUCUUAACCAGGUUUCCUUUCUUCCAAAAGCGUUUUGGAUGUAAUUUCAAAGGAAUUUGACCAACUAGAACUGGUUUUAUCGUAUGCUCGUAUAUUCGGCCGCCAUUACUCGUUACCAGUCUCCCUUAAGACAUCAACGCGUGCAACACAUCACGUUGCGUCAGUCGAUCGAUGGAAGAACCGUAGAGUGGCAAUUUUACUUCACGAAGUACAAACUAUACAUUGUAACCACUUUAGAAUGUAGAGUUUUUAUUCUCCUUUUCAUUUUCCCGUAAUUUUGUGGUUGAAGAUGUGGCAUGUUCAUGAUCGAAUUCUCGCUCGCUGAAAUGGUGUUGAUUUCAGCAAACAUUACGGCCAUCGCGCAUAAUGCACGUCGCAUCAGUCGAUCGGAAAACAGUAAAUUGAACUUGGUUUUCCUUCAAGAUGCAGGGGGUCUUCAUUGUUAUGAUUUCAGAAGUCAGAGUUUUUAUUCUUCUCUUUGUUUUGCCUUAAUUUUGGGGUUGAAAGUUUGACUUGUUCACCAUAUAGCAUUCCUGCACGACUCUUUAAUUCUACCAACAUUACGCCUACCUUACGCCCAUGAAGACAAAUAACAAAUCAAAACCAUGCCUUGAUUAAGGUAAAUUCAUAAAUACAACCGACUUGUAACUUUAUCUAUUUCAUUUAAAGUUAGGGAUGAGCAAAAACUGCAGAUUAGGUUACUUUGUGGUGGUGUAGUGAGUUUUAAUGUUGCGAGAUAACUCAAAUAAAUAGAAACAGAAGCACACAAGCUUCUGAUGGAAACCGUUACGUACUAACAAUAAAAUGCCUCAUUCUUUUACUUUUUAAAAAAUAGUCUUUCUUCGUGAAAAUGAACUUUUCCAGAGGGGUUGGGGGUCUUUGUCACACUUGUGAAAAUUCCGGAGGGGUGGGGGGGCCAUCAGUUUCCUGCAAAAAUGGCAAAUCCAGGGGGGUGGGGGGGUCCUAAGUGAGAUUCCCUCCGUGGUGGGGGUCUGGAUAUUUUCUGGAACUACACAUUGCUGCUGAUAACUUUAUUCCAAUAAUGGAACUUCAGGCUGUGAACGGUUGUAGUGAUGUUUCUGUUUAUACAAGAAACCCAAAAAUGUUUCAGAGAUUUCCUGGAAUUUGAAACAAUGCUAAUGUUAGGACUCCCACUGUUCCCUCUGGGACCCUCAACCUUUGGUUAAAGGAGUCUAAGGGACUCCAAGAGGAUUUAAUAUUGAGGGAAAACCCUGAUCCUUUUUUUGUUUUUGUUUUUUUUUUUGGCUAAAAGGAAACAGAAAUGACUGCUUUGCGUUAAAAAAUGGGGAGUUGCAUGACAGUUGCAUGACUUUGCAACUGGUGUCCCAGAUUACUUUUUUGUGAGUUCUUGACUUGAAAAAAAGGGAAAUGCAGGCUUUUUCGCCAUUGUAAAUGUUUUUGAUACAUUUUCUCAUGUUUGAACCUUGGCUCACACCCUGGCUCACAUGACUCGCUUGGCACGCAACCUGACUCGCAUAUGAGGGAAAGUCAGUGGAUGCAGUCGACAUACAAAUUCUUCACCAUCUAUGAUCUAAAAACGAGGUGUAUCUAUAUACAGCUGUAUGAUCCACGAGGUCUUCAGUUUCUAGGUCGUCGCUUUCCUAGUUGCGAAAACAUCCGUUUCUCCUUGCUCUUCGCCGCUGGGGACGUUUCGCGAGGAGGAACGUCUGCGACUCAGCGACAGAAAUUCCAUACUGAUGACGUAAAAUAUGUCCAGAAUCUGGUCAGAAGCCCUGAUUGGUCGACAGAGUAGUCACAUUUUGUUAGCUAUUGUUUACGAAUGACAGACAAAAGACAAAAGGCCACAAAGGUCAAAUGUAAACGCGAUGAAUCUCUAACAAAACAGUCAAUAUUUGUGGAAUAUAGUCUUCUCUACAACAAGCAUUUGAGUUUUGCUGGAGCUCGUUCGUAGAUGAACACAACACUUUACCAAAAUCCAUCAGUAGAAACCUAAAAUUGAAUAAAUUUACAUUUGGAACCCCACAACUACCGGAUUUAUUAAGUAAACAUUGAUUUGCGUCAUCAGUAUGGAAUUUCUGUCGCUGAGUCGCAGACGUUCCUCCGCGCGAAACGUCCCCAGCGGCGAAGAGUGAGGAGAAACGGAUGUUUUUGAGGGCUAUCGCCUUCCAUGUCUAUGUUUUCUAGGUUUUCGUUUUUUAGGUCUUCUCUCUUCAGUCUUCCUUUUCUAGGUCUUUGUUUUCCAGACACUCCCUACUUAUGUACUUGUAGUACAUUUUUUAUUUACCCAGCAACUACAACCUGUUGACCCUCAAUUUUUGGGUUAAUGGUCAGCCAUAUAAUAAUUCCAGGAAUAAUUGCGGGCAAGCAAAAGUGAGCCCACAGACUAUUCUUGGUCAGCAGCACUUUAUAAAUAUGUCAUGUUUACCCACACUUCUAACCAUCAGUUACUGUUAGUGUGCGUAAUUAGUCAUGGAUUUUCCGUUGCAAUGGUAGUCUACAGUGUAUGCAUGUACAUGUGUACUGUAUCCUACUGUGAUCGGACAUAUCAUUCUAAAUCAGUAGCAAGUACAUGUAUGACUUGUAUGUAUGUAGCUUUCUUAAUUAUGCCAGAGUGUUUUGUACAUGUAGGUACCCCUUUGGGUGUGUCCUGACUGCAGGAGAAACAUUGAAGAAGAGGAGCGUCGUGCAGCUCUGGAGCCUUCAUCACCAUCAAAUUUACAGGUGCACUAUACCAGCCCUAAAUUUAUUUCAAAAGACAACUUCCCUUUCAUUUUUUUGGGAGCUGUAAAAAUCUGUAGAGUACAAUAAAUCAUUACAAAGUGUUUAAACAAUAUUAUUAUGAUCCUUGUUAUGAUGAUGAUAAUGGUUUUUGUUAUUAAUAUCCCUAAUUAAUUAUUGUGUUGUAAUAGCUUGAGGUAACACACUCAAUUUCAUUCUUCAUUGUUGAGUGAUCCUCAUUAACUUUGAAGAUCAGCAUCUUUAAGUAUUAAUACAGUGGAAUUAUUAUGAAUGUUGUCAAGUGUAAAUGCUGAGUUACAAAAGGCAGGGUUGUCACUAAGAUUUCAAGUUGCCGGGUAUUUUUAAUGUAAGUAGCAGGGGAAGUCACAAGCAGUCAUGGACGCUGAAUGUACGAAAAAGCAUCGUAAACAUAACGUUACUAUGGUUUGUUGAAAAAUAAAAGUAUAAUACGGCGAAAAAUCGCGGGAUAAAAUAUGGCAAAACUAAACUGCACAACUGGUAACAUUAGUGGUCUCGAAUUUAGGAACAACACAUCACUUAACAUACAAAGAAACUGACCAACUUCUUCUCUGAUGUCAACAGAGAUCUGCUCAGGUCUUUCAUCGUGAACAAAGAGUGCUUUGCUACUUAUUCGACAUGCUCAACACAAAGCCGACACAACGGUUGAAACUAAGGAAUUUUAUCAUCGACAAAGGUGACGGCAGCAAAAAUGUCACUUUUAAAAUGAAUUGGCAUUUUUCCAACUUUGUCGCGUUUAUUUCAAUUCGCUGAAAAUAGCUAUGUAGGCCAAUUUCCCAGGAGUUGAGUCUUUGGGACCGCACUCUGGUUUAGAAAGAGAAAGAAAAGUUUGUCGUCGCUUGUUUACGUCCUCCAUAAAAUGUGAAACUAGGCAUUUUCACGUCGUAGUCAUGCAGUAAUGGCAAAGAAAUGUACAAAAAAGCAUGAUGCACGUGCAAACUAGUUGUUUUACUCAAGUCAGAUGUCUUUUUCCGACAUUUCAUAGUUUUUGUAUGUGAGUAUUUCAAAAUUACUUAAACCUGCUGCCGAUGAAACUUGCAUUUAGUUUGAUGGAUAGUCUUUGAGUGUUUCAAAGGUGUGCUCUUUUGGUUUAAUUUAACAUGAAAGUAGCCGGGGUAAAUCCCCGGCCCCCGGCCCUUAGUGACAACCCUGAAAAGGGUACCUGAUCUUGUUCACAUUUGCAAAGUGAGGUUUCUCCAUGAACACUUCAUAUUACCGGUACUAUUUUGUGCACUAGUCCACUGAAUGUGUACUUGUAUAAAAAUUAUGUAUGUACUGCUUUAUAACACAGUUUUGUUUUUAAACAACAGGAUUUAAAGCAGAAACCAACCUUGAAUCUCACCCUCUCUAUAACUACUAAGCCUAAUGGUCAGGAGGCGAAGUCUCAUUGCCAGAGCUGUAACAGAAGGUAUACAUGUACAUGUAUAUAAAUUGUUGUUAUUGUAGAUAUUUAGCUCAAGUGAAGCAUUCCCAGUGGUACAUUUAAAUGCUGAGUUUCCUUUUGGCGCCCUUCACUGAUAAAAAGUUCACCAAAGAUACAUUGUAACACCUGUUUUAACACAGUCAUUCUCAUACAGUGCAUAAUUAUGCCAACUCUCCCAGAUUGUCCGGGAGUCUCCCAGAUAUGGCACUGAUCUCCCGCUCUCUCAUACAGGCCACCAAAUCUCUCAGAUAAAAUGGACUUUUGCGCUUUUCUGUGCUUUAGUUGAAAGUAAACCCAUUUUUUUCACAACAUUUGAACUUUUUUUUAUUCAUUGUACGGUUUCUGGGACAUUUUUGCAUGUAUUUAGUCACUGACAAAGAUUAUUUCAUCAUUGCAACAAUGAAAGCAAAUUUUGAUAGCAUGUACUUCAUAAGACUCCAUAUACAUGUAAUGUUUUAAGCCAUGGUGGUUGGGUCAAUAUUGUUGGGGGGGGGAGUGGUGGGGUUGUUGACAUUCAAGGGGGAGUGUAGUACCAAAAAAAAGACCCCAGAUAUUAGAUCUCCAGAGGUUGACAUCUCUGCAUUUUUGUAUUCUAAAUAUAACAUUGUCAUUUUGCCAACUCUACUGGAUAUUGUCGGAGCCUCCUAGAUACGAGUACAUGUACUGUGGAAAUUUCCCAGUGUUACUUGCCAAUGUCCAAAAGUGACUUUUGCUCUUUUUAAAAAAUGCUUAAGUUUGAAAUUUAGCGUAUUGUCCCUUCAAAUUCAAAAAUGUUUUUCAUCGUCUUACAAUUUCUGCACUGUAUUUGCACAUACACUGUACAUUGUAUUAACUACUGAGAAGACUUUGUCGUGAAAGCAAAUGCUGUUAUGGUCUGUAAAUUUUGUACCUCAUGGAAAAUGUCACAAGACACUCCUAUGUUAUGAUUUUGGGACUGGGAUGAGGCUUGUGAGGGGGUUAGCAUUAAGUAACAUCGGCUGAAAGCAGAUUGUUUCUUUCAGUAAAAUUACAUGUAGAACAACUUAAGUUCAACAGUGUAAUAUAUAAAAAAAAUACAUACACCAUAAACAGGACUUGAAUGCUUUGAACCCGAGUCAUUUGCUUCAUAACCUACGUGUACACCCAUAUCCACUACACCAUCGAGGGCUACAUGUCAGUACCUGCCAAAUCCAGUAAUUUUAAAAUAUUUAUGUACCUUUGCCGUAUACCAUUACAAUACUUAUAUUUGAAAGCUAACCAUUUUCAGUUCAAUGCUUAGCCCCAGUCACUGCAGAUCAGUGUUUAACUAUCUCAUAUGUUCUCUCCAUAACUGGUGCUCUGCACUUUUGGUUUAAUAAUUCCCUAGAAAGCAAUGUCAUUGUCAUUUAACAGUUGAAAAAGGUUUUAUUUUUAAUCUUCAUAUUAUUUUUUUUAACAUUUUUUGUAUAUACAGUUAUGUGAGGCCAGAUGUUAUAAAUGAUUUGGCUAAGGAGAAGGAAAGGCAGCAACUGCGGGUUUGUUUUUGCCAUUUUUAUCAUUCUACUCAUUGUCAGCAAGCCACUUGCAGAAGCAGCUCAUGGUGAAAGAGCUAUUUUAAAAAAAUUUAAAGAAAAAACUUGAUACUUUUUACAUAUUGAAUACAGUCAGGGUGCAAAGGAAAUCAUUUUUACAGCUUGCCAUUCGGGCAAGCUGAAGCUAGCAUUUACUAGCCCAGACGUCAUUUUAACUAGCCCCAAAAACUUUUUGAGUAGCAGAAUUGAUUUCACAGUUCUUCUGUUAUUCGAAUUCCUGAAAAAACAUCACUUACCCAUCGGGCAAGUUAAAAACAGAAUUUACUAGCCCGAUAGCAAAAUCCACUAGCUCCGGGCUAUCGUACACUACUUUCUUUGCACGCUGAAUACACAUCUUCUUCAAAGAGAUGCCCCCCUUCAAAUAUGAUAAACUAUUUCCUCACCCUUGACCUAAUUUGGGUGCCAGCCUAAAGUGAUACAGCAUAAAUCAAAAUAAUAUAUUAAUUUUUAUUACCUGUAACUUUACCAUUCUAUACAUAGAAAAUAAUAUUUACCAAGCUUAAAAUUCCCCAGAUCAUUGCGCAUAAGCAUAUCCUCGUAUAAAUGGCCCUAUUGUUGCUGAUAAGUCUUUUAUUCUUGUUAUUUUUCAGUGUUGUUGGGGUGAAGUACGGAACAUUGUCCGUUGUAUUUAUAGGGAAGCAGGCACGUCUUUGGCAGGUAAAAAGCAAGACAAUGGUGUUUAACCUAGUCUUAGGUCAUGUUAUGGAGAGAGAAUUGGUCAGUUCCACCUUAAGUUAAAUUAAAGGGUAAAAUCGUGUGGUGUUAUGAAUGGUUAUCAUUUAAACAGAAGCUCUUCAGCAGUUCUUUGAUCUAGCACUAUUAAUAUUACUCAGUUUGUAACUGUAGUUGUAACUUUUGUGCCCGUGGAUGAAAUCCUAUGGUGUGACCAUUCAAUAACCACUGGAACCUCUUCAUUAGUACUCUUGCAUGGUACUAUUAUUGGUAGUACAUGUAGUACAAUGUAUGUACUACAUAGGUCUUACUUUUGAGUCUGUGGAUGGAAUCCAUCGGUAUUACCAUUCAAAUGAAACCUUUUCAGCAGUACAAUGUACUUUUGCAUGAUAUAAUUUUUUAUUAAACAAGUUUGUGGAUAAAAUCCUAUAGUUUCACCAUUCAUUGACAACUGAAUCCUCUUCAACCAUACUUUUUUCAUAGUACCCAUUUACAUGUUAUUAUUUUUUCAUCUGGAAGAAAUUAACCCCUUGAGCAGAACUUUUGCACUGUACUACAUUGUGUUUAGUUUUAAAGUGUUUACAAAGCAAAAUUUGACUUUUUAGAAUUAACUGGUCACUAUAAACAAUUCAGUGGCUAAAAAAACAAAAAAUUGGGAGAGGUGUUUGAGCUGAAGGAUAAAACUAGUUCUGAUAUUGGGAACAGAGGUAUAAAACCAUUAUUCGCAGGAGUAUCCAACUUUUAACCUGCAAUGUUUAUUAUUUUCAUGAUAUUGUUUUCAUUUUAGAUGAAGAGGAAACAGUCAGAAAUUCUUUGGAUGAGAACAGGCUCAGAGUCAAAGUAGAUAAGUGAGUUCCAUUUCUCCUUACAUGUUUAUCAAAGUCCAUCCAACCUUCCGUAAGAGGCCAUGGAAUUAACUUUUUUCCAGAAAUCUUGUGACCUGUUAAUAGUGAGCCUAAGUAAAGACAAUGUUGAGCAACUCACAUCAACCAGAAGUGGUCCUUUUUUCAGUUUUAGAUGGUGGUUUUGCCCAAAUUUUUGGACAAAUCAGUGUCUAUAAUAGGAAAGACACAUAGAAAUACAAAUUUGGUAGCAUCGAGGUGCUUUAAAAUGAAAAAGACCUCACUUCCAGUUGACCUGCAUUGCUCAAAAAUGCCUUUGCUUAAGCUUGCUAAUAUUACAUGUUUUCAAAGUGGUGCCAAUUCCCGAGUCGCAGUCGUCUGGUUUUUUAACUUCACUGUGAAAAAUAUUGAUGCUAGAAGAUUGCCUGCGUGAGAAACAUCAAGUCUGCAUCAAAGUGAUUUACCGUAAGGGGAUUCUAGGAGGGGCCAUCUACAGCUGUAUUAUAUGAAAUCCAAGAUGACAGUUAGCGAUAAAUUUUUUUUCACGGAACGAGUACUGAUUUUCUCAUGCAAACAAGGAUACUUGAAUGGCCAAUUUUAUUUCAGAUUUAACUUAACGUACUGUCAUCUUUGUAUCUUUUUUCGAAAUUUUGGUUACUUACCAAAUUGGCAGCUAAUUUUAAGGAGGUUCAACUGUGUUAUGAUUUCUCCUGGCCCAUGAUCGACUGUGCUAUGAUUUCCCUCUGAAAUGUAUAAUAAAAUAUUUUUUCUUCUUUAGGUUACUUAAGAGUGAUCCAGCUCAGUUAUUUGAAAAGCUUGAGAUUCAAGCAAGGUACCUUUCCUUCAAUAUUAUUUUGCGUUAGUCUGUCUGGUGUCUUGAGAAUAACUUGCCUACGGUUCAUGAUAAUACGUGAUCAUUAUUUUCUUGUUUUUGAUUUUUAAAAAAAUUGUGCUUUUUGUUUUUGUUAAGGCUGUUUCAAUACUUGUUUUGCCUCUAAUAAGGCAAAACAUAAUUAUUAUGGUUCCUGUUUUCUCCACGAAAGGUUGAAUUCAGGUCUUGGCACUAGCUUUUGAACCUUCCUAUAAUAAUUUACAGUAAUAAUAACAAUGUGUGUGAAUCCACCGUUCAUUACGUACAGCUGUAUGCUCAAAUCAAGAGAUCAGUCUGAAUUCAACAGCCGUUACUUACUCCCUCAGUAACGUCUGAAUCGAUCGUGCGAAAAAAUCUGCAUGCAUGGUACAGAAUUGCUUUACUUUUUGCGAUAGUAAUUAAUUUUUAACUCAAUGCAAUAAUUCUUCAUUAUUUUUUUUUGUAGUUCAAUUUAACAAGUCACAGUUUGGAAAACGAGAGCAAUUUUACGAUAAAGAUUGUUGAAAUUUUUAACUCCACUCAAGAAUGCGAUCCGCUGAAUAUCAAACGACAAUCUCGCUAAAGUUUCUUAUAGGUAUACAUAAUUAUGCAAAUAGUUUGGACAAUCAGCCAAUCAAAAUCACUACCUGGUUUUCGGGUAGUGAUGUCACUGGGCGGCAUUAACAGCUGGUCGAUUCAGACGUUACAAAGGGAGUAAGCGACUCGAAGUAAUGUUUGAAUUUUCAGGCUAACUACCGUAGUAAUGGAUUCAACUUUCAAAUCGUCAAUUCAUUAAUGUAAUCUUUGGGGGUAAUCUUGGCCCUGGGAUGACUCAGUGAAGUCCAUCAAGAGUUUUUUUUUUGGUUGUUGUUGUUUAUAGUUAUGUUUGUUUGUCAAGCAGAUGAUCACCAGUUUAGUCUUCAGGUUUUGAAGCAUGCGUAACAAACUUGAAUUUUUCUUAAUUCGUAGGGAAUAUGUGAGAGAAGUAAAAGUUCGUCUUGUCAAAUACCUAACGUCCUGUCCUCUUUCGCCAACUCAUGCGAAGGAAUUUUUUACUAUGUUGCUUGAUGAAUACCAAGCUCUUUCAAAAGCGUUUGACAUCCUCAGACCAUUCUUCUGCAAACUGGUAAGACUUUGUUUCAAUGUUUUUCUACCCAGGGCGGGUAGUUCAAAGCUGGGUUAAGAUAACCCCGGGUUAAUGCGUAAUUUGAAUUCAGAUAUGCAAGCUUAAAAAGCCAAUUCGUUUCAAUAUUUUUUGUCUACAAUUUGAUAAUUAGAUAUUGUUAAAAGAUUAGAAGAAAUUAUCUGAGAAAAAUGCUUUUCAAUAAAAGGCAAAGAAACUGGAAUGACAUGUAAUAACCCCAGCUAAGCACUAAUCGACCUUCCAACAACUGGGCCCAGUGUUUUAACAGCUGUAAUGAUCAGCGGUAUUUUGUAUGAGUGUAAGCGUGCGCAUUGGACCGCCGUGGUCAGCCAUGUUAAAAAUAAAAACUUGGAUCCUGUUUACUAAGCUGUUUUAUCCAGAUCCAUCGUGCUAUUAGAUAAAGAACAUUACAUGGUGUCAGAAGUCAAGUACGAACAAGAACCUCAGCCAUCGAUAUGGCGAAGAUUUGAAUAAAAUACAGGCCGUUUUUUUAGAGCAAUCAACAUAGGCGAUCGUAAUUCAUGUCACAGGAUCAGUCGAUUCCUAUCACGCCCGCAGGGGAAGAAAACACUGAAGAAGUACAGCAUUUACAAGUUGAAGACGAAGAAAACACAGAAGAAAUACAGCAACCAGUUGAAGACGAAGAAAAUACACCUGAAAUGGCGAUGCAUUUAGGUCUUCCACCUCCAGAAGCUCUCGACUUGAGUGGAGGAAACAUAUCAGCCAAUUGGAAGAAGUUCAAACAGAAGUAUACCAAUUACGAAAUUGCGACCGGAAUAAGUUCGAAGGAUAGUGCAACCAGAGUAGCAACACUUCUAACAGUUAUCGGCAACGAUGCUAUUGAUGUUUUUAACACUCUAACUUGGGACGAAGAAGGCGAUGACAAAAAAAUCGAAAAGGUGCUGUUGAAAUUUGAGGAACACUGUGAACCCAAGNUUUUGUGGCUUUGUCGGAAAUAAGUUUCUUUACCAGGGUGUUGUCCAAUAAAGUCGAACCUCCACUGACGGCUACCUCUCCACACAUCCACCUCUCUACAACGGCCACUUUAGUUUGUCCCGGCGGACAGGCUGUACUCUUACUUAAACCUCUCUAAAACGGCCACCUCUGCACAACCGCAACGGCCACUAAGGCGUGUCCCCAACUGCCAAAAUAACCUCUCGACAAUGGCCAGUUUUUUCAGCGACUAGUGAAAAGUCAAGAAUGGUUAUUAAAUUUGAUCCGUAUGGCGCGCUGAUGAUUGACGGCGGCAAUCGUAUUUUGAUUUUGUUUCAUUUAUACUGCUACAGUAAGCCUAGCGAAUGUUGCGAACCUUUCUCGUUUUUUGCCUUUACCAUUUUGAUUCAAAACAUAAUUCAAGUUUUUUGCAAAUUUUAUCUCUAUAUAUUAUUGAAGACUGGAUUAUUACCAUUAUGGGAGACAGUAAGCAUGAACUUGGCACCGUAAAGAUGUUUUCCGCCCACCCCACCUCCCCCCCCAAAAAAAUAAAAACGAAUAGUCAUAUUACACCCCUACCUCCCCAUAACGGCCACCUUUCUACAACGGCCUCUUUCUUCUGUCCCCAAGGUGGCCAUUGUGGAGAGGUUCGACUGUUGACCCUUCCACGGUUUUUCCAACUUCUGACACGGACCAGUUGGGGAACAUCUAUUGACACCAGUGAGAAGCAGAAGCGGAAGAACUAAACCAAUGACAAAGCGUGGGAACGUAGAUUGUGAUUGGUUUAUCCUUCCGCUUCUGUUUCCGACUCCGACAAGUCGGAAGAAAACCGAAACGUUCUGAUUCUUCUGACUCCCGAUUCCGUCGCGCAUAUGACUCCGCUUACGACUCCGAUUUUUAAUUUUCACUAGGUCAUAAGCGCUCUUACCACUCCAACUCUGUGGCUAGCGAAAACCAGCCUGAAGAAAGACUUUGUAGUCUCAUCAGUUAGAGUGGUUCAACUCAACAACUUUUUUAUCCGUUAAAGCUGUCCAGUAUUGCUGAAAAAAAAUCUACAUAAGCUCUCCUCUAUGCCAUGCUCCCCCACCCCCUCCCCCAAGAGUAUGCACAGUGUAUAUGACAACUUUUUUUCUUUGUUGACUUUAACAGGAUUUGGAGCAUUUGAGAGAGUUUGGUUUGAGUUGGGACCUUCUUCACAAACAUCUUUUCUACACAGAAAUCUACAGAGACCCAGCAGUUUAUGGUAAUCUUCCUGGCUUAAUCACACAAUUAAGGUGUGUUAUAAUAAUAAAAACUAAUUUUAGUUACAUUGUAGUGUAAUUGUCAGUGGUUUGAUGCUUUCUGUUUUUGUCUUGUUUGUCUCAACAUGUUUUGGAGAGUGACCUUCAUUUGAAAUAAUGAAAGUUGUACCACACGAUAUAAAAAAGACGGCACGAUAAAUGCACGCUGAUAAAUUUACCUUCUCAAAUUUCAUUACCGCACUCACUUGAAAGCCAAACAUUUCUACACUCCUGUGAUAUGGCGUGCCCGCGUGAGGGUAUCAAUAUUCCAGAAAGAGCGUAUUGUUUCAAUUGAUGGAGAAUUUGGCAUGUUUAAGACUCAUCUUGAUGUGAUUUACGUGGUUUCGUGGCUUACUCCAUGUGCGACCACCUUUCGCAAGUAGCACCUCUCAUGAGAAACCACCUUUCCAGAACACCAAAAUUUUGCCAAUCAAAUUCCUCAAGUUGGACCCUCACGUAAACGACCACCUCUUGUAAGUGGCCGCAAACACUUUUAAAGGUUAAGAUUUAAUUAUCCUGUGUUUUUAACCUCUGGUAAGCGACCGCUCGACUCCUUGCACGAUUUGUUUGUACCCUGAAUGCUCUUCACUACUCAGAGUGUGUGAAGGACUUUAGUGACAAAAUGGUUUUCUGAUCCUCUUCUCGGAACAGAUUCUCUGUUGCUCAAUGUUUGUAAGCAACCACCGAAGUUUUGUCCCGGGUAGAGGGGUCACUCGCCUACCCCAGCGGCCCAGGUAGAGCCAACUUUUCCUACAUUUCCCUUAAAAACUUGGCAAACAGUUUACAAGAGAAACAGUAAGUUGGCUGGGCUAGAGGCUUUUUGUGAUGGUAGAGUCACCCUCCCAGCCGGGCCAAUUUUCUCCAUAUGCAGUGUAAAUUCUUUACCCUGCGUAUGGGAAUGCAUAUCUUACAUAUAAUACAGAUAUCAUACAUGUCAAUGCAUAAUUUGUAUAACACUGUAUAUGGGACUGCAUAUCUCCUUGACGGGACAAUUCCGUCAAGGCGACGCAAUCAGAUCGUGCGCGAGCGCUGUUUUCAGCCCUUGACUCAGGCAAAGGGGUCAAUAUAUUUCUCAUAUAAGCGCUUGCUUAAGUUGACUCGGCUAGGAGGCUGACCCUUUUUCCCGGGGCAACGUUUCUCCAUAAUUAUAAACAGGGCCUAAAUCUUUGCAUUUUGGGCGGUCACCUGUACGGUAAAUCCUCUAUUAAGCGCCCCGCCUCUAAUAAGCCCUCCCCCACCCUUUUCAGGGGAAGAAACUAGCCACCCAUGCCCUAAUUUUUCUUCACUAAUAAAUGAGAGACUGUAUUAAUAAAUCACGACUGUAAAACGUCGUGUGGACUGAUCCGGGAUGGUUUAUUUUACCAACUGGAAGUUCGGAUUUGAUUCUGAUCCUCGGCUUUAUGACCUCCAGCCUUCUUGUACUUGAGCUUUUCCAUUUUGAAUUCUAGGUCUUUAUGGAGAACUGAUACCAUCGUCUUUUCUAAAUUAAAUAAGCCCCCCUCUCAAAUGAGAACCCCGUCUCUAUUUAAGCCCCCUCGCCCCUUCAAAUGGGCUUGAAACAGUAGAAGAUUUACUGUAGUACCAUUUAGUUGUGCCUUCUCCUCUGUCGAAAAUCGUGAUUGUUGGUCCGGCGGGGAUUUAAACCGAGGCCUACCACUCUGGUACCUAGUCUAUAGGCCAUUUCCGAUUUCCAAAAACCUUUACUUUCAAAACGAGGCUAAGUGUAAAACCUUUCUUCUGGGCUCGCACUUAGCCUCGCAUUGAAACAUAGGCUUGGAGCAUCUCGAAAAUUGACUAUUGAGCUAACGAAUCUGUUUUUUGAUUUCAGAUUGGGUGCGGUGGCAAGAGAGAACUUUCAACAAGAUAUAUUUCCAAGCUUACUGCACAGGUACAUGCAUUGAACUUCUUUGUGAGUAUUAAAGGGGUUGUCUCAAGAAAUUAUGCCAAUUCAGAUUGUGAAAACUGGCCACCAAAUACAGCCGAACUUAAAAUAAGCACUUCAAAUAGGGAAAGAACAUUUAAAUAACACAGCAAAUACAAAACAAGUCACGGAUGGACAAAACGUAACAAGAUUAAAAUGGAUUGCAAGUGUUGUUUUUGAAAGCUGUUCAGGCUAACAGUUUCAAUGUUCAUCUUUGUUGUUUGUAAAUUUUAAAAAUAUUGUUUGGGAUAUAUAUGUGUUUGUCACUAAGCUGCUAAUUUAUUCAAUUAAUGUUUCAUAACGAGCCGCUCCUUCAAGUCAUUACUUUACUUGUUCAUUACUCCGAGUGCCAUUCUAUUUUACUGUUUCUUCAUGCGUACAUGCAUUCACAUUUGUUCACAUGUCUUCCUUCUAUUAAUAUUUUGCUGAUUUAUGUUCGCAAGGGUUGGCGUUAUUCUGGUUCACCUACCCCAAAUAAUUUUUACAAUAUUCAGUAGAUUUGAUGUUUUUUCUUCGUUGUUUUUGUUUUGUUUUGUUUUGUUUUGUUUUUUUUCCUUUUUUUUACCAAGAUACCUUAGUUUCACCGAUGAUCUGACAGAAAUAGAAUUUUCGUGGAAGGAAAGUGAACAAGCUUUCAAACAUUAUAAAGAAAAACAGGUAAGGAAUGUGGAGGUAUGUGGUGGUAAUAAUAUUAUAGUCGACUCCUCUAAUUGUGUACACCCUCAAUACAGCGAGUUUAUCUCCGUUGUAGCGAGAGGCGUCAAAAUCGGGCGGAUGCAACGAGAAAUUUCAAUUCCUGUCACAGUGGUCAGCGGUUUGCAUCCUGUAGGCAACGACCUGUGCAUUUAUAUGCAGUUAAUGGGGUAAACAACAAAGAGCGCCGUUAAUGUUUGGGGUCAGUGGUCGGUGUGUAUGUGCAUGCUCAGUAACUUAAUACAUCCUUCAUGCACGUGAUGUAUGACUCAGACAGCGCUGAUAUUCACUUCGACUUGGGGGUAAACCUGUGAAACGUCUUCACUGCUUUCAUUCAGCGGUCAAAGUAAACCCGAAAAUGGAGCAGUGCUGGUUCUCUUCCUUGCUCCGAAAGGUUUAUCUCCAGCAACUUCGGUUUUCCGCUCUCUCCCAAAACGCACAAACACUAAUAACAACAAAAUCUUACGAGCUCCUUAGUGUUUUUUUCACAUUUUUUUUCUCUCUUACUACGUGUAGUAGCGGUAUAUUUAUCCACAGUGAGAAUGUUAUGUAACCUUCAAUUUGUAGGCAAAACUGCGUGAAAAAAGUGGCAUACCAAAAGUGGAAUGGGAGGAUGAUUUAACAGGGAUGGAGUGGAAAAAUAGGGUAGGUCUUUUAUGUAUAAUUAGGGAGCUUAACCCAGGCGUUUUUGAGAGACGGACGUCAACCGGAAGUGAGGAUUUUUCCCUUUUAAUACGCCUUGACGCUAUAAAAUUUGUAUUGCUUAAUUUCUUUACGCUUUUAGAGACGAUUUGACUGAAAAGCUUGGCAAUACCACUGCUUGGGAAUGUAAAAAGUCCACUUCCGGUUGAUGUGCGUCGCGCAAAAACGCCUUCGCUUAACUUCCCUUUGGUGGUGAUCGCAGCGAAAAAAGUUAAGAGAAACACUGUCAACAAUUACAAAAUUAAUAUUUCCUUUUCCUUUUUGUGUUGUAGGUGUUAAGGAAGCCAAUACAGCAAAGGUAAGUUAGGGAAUUUGUUUUCUCUUACAGCUUGUGUUUUGUUGACCGUAGACCACUCUACAGUCAUAUUGCGACAGUGUUACUACCCUGUCCUAACAAGAAGUAAAGUAAAAAAGAACCAACCGAUUUCAGAAGAAAUGGUGUGGCUCUUGCUAACCGUAGGAAAACGCAAGCGUGCAAGUCAAGAUAAAAGUGGCGCGAAAUUUUACAACUUAAUACAAGACAUAACAUUAUUAAGAGUGGCCAAGUGGGCUGCAUGUCCCACUCUCAGCGCGGCAGACUGCGCUCAAUUGCCGUUCUGACAACAAGAUGGGUUUGUUUUGGUUAUCUCAUUUUUUUAAUCCUUGUCCAAGCUUGAAAUUAGCCAACUGGUUGCCUCCUGCCAGUUGUGGUUUUUUAUCCUGUUUUUUCGUUGUUGUUGUUGUUUGCCGGAUUAUUCUUCGAUAUUAGAGUGGAUUGCUUUUAAACCACGGUAGCUACAGCAGCGGAGUGCACUUCCACUCAAAAAGAGCCUUUACUGUUGAUUUACAAGGCUUAACAAUGGCAAGCUAGAAGAAUCGUGAAGUUAGUGUCAAACCGCUAAAUUAUUUUUAAUUUGGGUGGCGCGCAAAUAAAGUUUUCGUCAUCGUGAGAUUGGCCUCAGGGUUUUCAGUGGACAGGGCGCUCUGAUCGUAUUGUUUGUCAACGGCGAGAAUCAGAUGAUUUUGCAAAUUAAGUUUUGUGAAUUUAAUAUUUGUUGCAAUAGUUUUUGAGGUCGUUUAUGUUGGUCAGGAAAUUAAAGUUGACAGGACUUGACCGCCACGCGCCCUUACUAGAUCCUACUAGAAACCUGUGGUAAAAAUUCUCUUCUGUGACUUGCAUAGCACUUCUUAGCCUUAAUGUUCUUAUUUGUUUACUUUUGCGUUUUCCGUGUCAGACAUGCACUCCCCCCAAAUUAACGCUUUCAAGGCGUCUUUUGUUGAUCUUUUUUUUUUCGUUUAUAGGUGCCAGUGUGGCCACUGUAAUGUCCCUUCUUCACCACUAAAUUCACCAGUCACGUCGCUACCACCUUUUAAACCAGGAGCGUCACAUUCAAAGGUAUGCAACCACAGUUCUCCGUCAACUGCACGGAUUAACUUACCAGGACCACUGACGGCACAGUGGACGAACCCGGUCACAGGUCCAAACUUUGAUCCUCAUCUGUUGAUAAGUAAUGACCUUCAUGGUAUUCCUUCCUCACAGCUGCUUCCGCCUGCUCUGAUGAUGAAUGGUCUGGGAAAGACUUGUAACUGUCCUGCUUGUAGCGGUGGAACAACAGGGUAUAGAGAAGGGGCAAAGAAUACAGAGCAGGUACUCUUGGUUUGAUUCUGUUCCGUGCUUGCGGGCAUCUCUCAUUACCGUUAAUCCUCUUAUAAGCUCCGCAGGGGACUUAUGUAUUUCAAGUACAUUUGAGGGGCGCUUAUUUAAUUUAGUGUAAAGGGGCGCUGUAGUGUUCGUUCAAGCAAACCGAAGAUGGUAUCAAUUCUCCACAAAGAACUAGAACGCUAUAAGUGGAAGAAUGUAAAACCGUCAAGUUGCAGGUCAUGCAGGCGAAGUUCGGAGGCUGUUAUCCACCUCGGCCUUUGGCCUUGGUGGAUGACAUUCUCCUCGAUCUGCAUCAUUCUUCGCAUCAUACUCUGCCUUACUGGAGUCUAUCAUUUAUUCAUUUAGUUGUGAACGAUAAGGGGAAGAUCACGACAAAACAUACGUCACUUGCACAUCUCCCAUAAUGCACCUUAUUUGCCCCCCAAAAUUUUGCGUAACCUUUUAGUGUUCGUUCAAGCAAACCGAAGAUGGUAUCAAUUCUCCACAAAGAACUAGAACGCUAUAAGUGGAAGAACGUAAAACCGUCAAGUUGCAGGUCAUGCAGGCGAAGUUCGGAGGCUGUUAUCCACCUCGGCCUUUGGCCUUGGUGGAUGACAUUCUCCUCGAUCUGCAUCAUUCUUCGCAUCAUACUCUGCCUUACUGGAGUCUAUCAUUUAUUCAUUUAGUUGUGAACGAUAAGGGGAAGAUCACGACAAAACAUACGUCACUUGCACAUCUCCCAUAAUGCACCUUAUUUGCCCCCCAAAAUUUUGCGUAACCUUUUAGUGUUCGUUCAAGCAAACCGAAGAUGGUAUCAAUUCUCCACAAAGAACUAGAACGCUAUAAGUGGAAGAACGUAAAACCGUCAAGUUGCAGGUCAUGCAGGCGAAGUUCGGAGGCUGUUAUCCACCUCGGCCUUUGGCCUUGGUGGAUGACAUUCUCCUCGAUCUGCAUCAUUCUUCGCAUCAUACUCUGCCUUACUGGAGUCUAUCAUUUAUUCAUUUAGUUGUGAACGAUAAGGGGAAGAUCACGACAAAACAUACGUCACUUGCACAUCUCCCAUAAUGCACCUUAUUUGCCCCCCAAAAUUUUGCGUAACCUUUGUUUUUCGUUUCUCCUGGGUAUUACAGCCGUCCUAAGAGAAAUUGAAAACAAUGCUUACGCAGAAUUUUGGGGAGCAAAUAAGGUGCAUUAUGGGAGAUGUGAGGGUGGGUGUCACGUUUGUCACGCACAAUUGUUUUGUCAUCCUGUUGCGUAAGCUCGCUAAUAAUAAAUUAAAGACGCCUCAAUGACAGCAUAUAUUUAUUCUUCUUUCAGCCUCCGAGUGGCAUGAUAGUUGGCUGCCAGUGUAGUAAAUGUCCCUUUCACGGCACAAAGGACCAAGAAACCAGAUUAAAGAGUGACAGCAAAAACUUCACCAACCACGCAUCCCCUGCGGUCCAUGUACCCCCUCCUAACAACAAUCACAAUCACUGCCAUCCACAACACAUUGUACCUCCUCCCCCGACACCUCUUCAUUGUCCCUUAGAGGACCCCCCUCAGGACCUCAGUGGCCUUUUACUGGACAGCAGCCUCAGGCAAAUCAAUUAUAAUGGUUACCAUAACAACUUAGAUGGUUGCGCGGAGGUUGAUGGUGGAGAAAACAGCUUGAGUGACAGUAACAGCGAAUAUGAAGAUGACGACGACGACGAUGAUGACGAUGAUGAUGACGAAGAGGAGGAGGAUGAUGGCAGUAGUUGCUCCCCACGGAGAACAAGCCAGUGUUCAGGUACUUGACUGUCUACAUAUUAUUGGCCUGGCAAUGCAGCCGUCUCUCAUAACUCCUUGCCGCCACCGGCGAAACAAGGAGUCCAUCGUGUUUCAUCCACUCGCCUCAAAUUAAAAACGAGAAUAAUACUGAGUAUGAGUUAGCAUUCGCAAAGAUUUUUGGGAUCGCUCCGGUCAGCCAAAUUGUUUUCUCUGUCGUCAGAAACAGUCCCAGAAGUCUUCGCGAAAGUUAACUCUUCCCAGUUUCCUCUUCGUCUCCAAAGGUUUUUUUUGUAAUUUAAUAGCUUUUAUCAAUUUUUCACACUUAAAUAGUGAAUACAAAACAAAAACACUGCAAAAAGUUAACAAUUACUUUAAAACUUACGUAAAGUGAGGCGCAUAUGCGGGACACCCCUUCUACGAGCUUACAAAUGGCAAAAAUUUCUUCCAUUUCUUAAAAUGUGUGGUUAGUUUGUUCCGCCUGUUCGCUAAUAAAGUCGUUUCUAAACUGGCAAAUAGAGAUAUUGCUGCUGUAUUCGCAGGCUAAGGUCAAAGCUGUCAUUAAGCGUUGUAAUCGUAACGGCUGUUGCAGCUGUGGUCAUAUAAUGUUACGUUUUUCAAAGUGGAAAGCUAAAGGAGACAGUAGAAAUACUUUGUGAAGAGUUCCAGGUGAAACUUCACUGGUUACAGCUGCUGAAAAACCUUAACGAAAGCCCUGAAGAUAGUGUGUAAGUGAUGUGACAUCUUCAAUUCCGCACCACUUUUAAAUUCAAUCACAAAAAAUAUUCGCUAAAAAUGAUAUCUGUUGUUAGAACGAGAACUAUCCUAUAAAGGUAAAACAAACCUCAAGCAAUAUUUUUUUUUCAUGCGCUGUUACAGAACUGCACUGACUACUUAAAACCCCUGUAGAUCGUCAACCGGGUGAUAUAUCUCGGCUUCGUUUUUUGCAGACGUUGAUGGACUGGGGCUUGAUGUGCCACCCGGGUCACCCUCGAGUGUGCGCAGUAGUGGAGAUGGCAGCUCAUGUGACACUCCACCUGUCAAUCAAUGUUCGUCAUCAACAGAUGAUGGUAGAACAGACCGCGGCAAAUACUGUGAUUGUUGCUACUGUGAAUUUUUUGGCCACGCUGCAGUAAGUAACUGCUAAUUGAUUGUCUCCAAUGUAACCCUCUGAUGGAUCAAAUCUCUUGUUAUAUAGCGGGAAAUUUUUUUCCCAGCAGCGUGCGGUCUCGUAGGUUACUUCCAUCAAGGUCACACCGCACAUGACAAUUUGAAUGAACCUUUUUCCUACCAAAAGUCCCUGAGCGGGCAACACUGCAAAAUCUGUGAUGUCAGAGGGCUACAGUGCUGUGACAAAUCACUUUCGUCUGUUCAACACAAACUACUCAUUGUGGGGACUUUCCUCGUUGAAUGGUUGUUAUCUUAUGUCUUUUAGCCUCCUGUAGCACCCACCAGCCACAACUACACAGAGAUGCGGGAUAAGUUAAGAAAUCGACUCAAUAAGCGACAGGUGAGAUUAUUUGUAGAGCCCUGAACUUCAUCGAGAUGUUGGAAUGUUAUAAAAUGCUGAUAAGACACUUUGCCAGUAAAUAUCCUGAGUGACCCCUUCACUUUCCAGUGGCGUCGCACCUCCUGGAGGGAUCUACUGAAAUCAUUAGACCCCUAUAUGUUGCAGCUCUUUUCUUUUUGGGCCAAGUUCCAUUGUUAACUUUGUUUUUUCAUUGGUUGCCUAACCAAUUCAGUGAAGCCUUAUUACGGCCGCGAGUACAUUUCACUUUUAAAUCAAGAGUGCAGAAGUCUGACUUCAAGAAAAAUCAAGUUUCAUUUUAACUCAUGGAAAUAAUGAUAAUAAAAAAUCCAAGUGAUUCCAAGCUAUAGCUGCUACUGAGGUUUCGUUCAAAUGGACACAACAAAGGUUUUCCUGAACAGACUAAACAGUUUAAACUACCGUCGAACAUCUGUCAACAUCUACCACUUCACAACGCGUACUUUUUAACGCGUGAAUACGGGCACUCCAAUAUGCAUAAGGGUCACUCUUUCAUUCAGAUCUACAUUGAUGCUCUUCAUUAUUAGUCGGCCCCGAACUCGAGAGCGCCCGAUAUCUCUAGUCAAUGUUUAUCGUCGUAGAUCGAUCUUUUCUGAAGUCCGCUGUGAUAAAGUUCACUCGGCACGCAUUAGGCCCAGAGUUCCUUGGAGCUGACAUUACAAUGAUUGUGUAGUUUCAGGAAGAUUAGGCGUCUUCAGUGGACUUUGAACGUUUCAGUUAAGCACCAUGGCUAACUUAGAGACUGUAUUUCUGUACAUUUGACUUGACUCUGUAAUCUUCUUUUUCCGCGAGUUGGCCACAGGCCUUCGUUGAUUUGUAACGGCGGAAGGUCAUCACAGUCAUUAAUGAUAACAGUGUGUUUUGUUGCAGCCCAACCAGACGGCACAAGAAGACAAGAAAAACGCGCCUGUGGUUGAUCACCGGUCAGUGGAUGACCUCCUGACAUUCAUCAAUGGGCAAGGCGUAGAAGACGAGGGGGCGCGGUCAAAAUCUAAAGCGCAAAAAAGAGCGCGACAGAAACAAAAAAAGGUAUAGUUACUUUUGCUUUCCUAUUAAAUUUAUAUUUAUAUUUUAAUUGACGUUGAAGGGAUUAUUUAUGUGCCACGGUUUGUGUUCGGCUCGGUUCGAUGAAGAUUAGCGGCAACACGAGAACGCGAGGAAACCUAGUUAACUUUCGCAAAGACUUCUUGAACUGUUACGAUGGACAGGAAAAAAAUUGACAAUAGUAUUUAUUUAUUUAUGUAUUUAUUUAUGUAUUUAUUUACUUAUUUAUUUAUUUAUAUACCAUGUACAGCCUACCCCUCACAUUUUGAGGAUUAUUGGUAUGGUUAACAGCAACAGUAACAUUCCAGAAACCAGCAUUUGCGGGACACAUUUUGGCUUUUCGUUUCCAAAGUGGCGAACGCCAAAUCAUUGACUUGGGUAAUUUUCACUUUAUGUUUUUAGGCAGCAGAAAAAGAAAAGCAGGCCCUGAACUCGAACUAUCAAAACGGUGGUAAAUGUUCUUCUGCGGGUUGCGAGAAGAUCAACGGUGUUCAUCACGAAGGUUCCGAGAAGAAGAUAAGGAACAGGCAGCUGAGUGAAGAUACUCGGAAACGAGAAAUGCCUGCAAUGAACGAUAAAAACUGUGAAGAAGGAAAGCGGGCACAGUGGAGGAAAAUGGAGGAGCCUAAGCAGAAGCAAAGGGAGGACUUAAACGAGUGUUCCAAGUCACGCAAGAAGCAGAGUCAGUCGCGACAAAACAUCACGGUGUCACGCCAGGAUUCAAAAGAGAUUAACGGCAAGGAAAAUAAUCUCGGCCCGCAGCGACAGACUGGGGAAAAACCGGAGAAACAGCGACAGGAUUCGUUAUCCCAAGUCCCGAUUCCUGUGGAGAUUUGCAAGGAGGAUGCCCAAGAUAAGUCGGAUAGCAGCAGCCGGUCACAGCAGAAGAAACAGGGGAAGAAAAAGAAGAAAAUGUCGCUUGGUAAAUAUGGAGCUUAAGACCUUAAAUGGCAUCAUCGUUAUUUAUAAAGUAUAACAGAAAGCAUCGUACAAGAUAAUUUCUAACUAGCUCUUAUUUUAUUAAAUUAUUACACUUUCUCAGGCGCGAUGUACAUCACUACAGGAAAGUACGGCUCAGUAGCUUUCACUGUAUAUUAUUAUUCGUUAUCAAUGCUGCUCUGUAAAUCAGAACAUUCCUUCUAAAAAUAUCAACAAAUCAUAUUUCAUAGUUGUUCACAUCCUGUAUUUCCCCCUUUCAGAUGACGUUUUCUUGCCCCGUGAAGAUAUUGAGGUAGGCUUUUUACUUUCAUUCCACUUUGUUAUCUUUUUGUUGUUUGUACUUUCGUUUUACAUCACCCUGCUAGCAGGGCGUUUAUUCUGCUUGCUCGUUUUUGGCGAACUCGAGCAAGACUCUGCUUGAAUAUUAAGAUCUCUGUUGAGCAUGUGCCGCUUUUUGUUUGGAAACAGUGUCGAACCCAGGCCUAAUAACCUAACCGUGCGCUUUGUACAGCGGGCUCAGUUAUGAUCAUCGGUUUAUCAAUAAACGAAUGAUCGCAAUUUGACGAGAAUACCAAGAUUAAAUAGUUCGGCGACUUACAAGGCUUGACGUGAUUCAGGCAGAGCUUACUUUUCUCCUCCUCGAUCAAGAAAAAGACAAAGAGGCUCUGCUGGCAAGGUGUGGUUGUUCUUGAUAAAAACAAAAACAUACACUCUUUGGUAAAUAUUACGCCCAGAUAGUUAAAGUUUCUAAAAGUCCUUUACAGUUAACUCUCUCCAAGACGGACACCUUUGGGACCGGCACUAAGUGUCCGUCUGAGAGAGAUGUCCGUCUUAUAAAGAGUUAAAUAAAGGGAAUAAGCAAAGGCAGGGACCAACUCUAGGUGUCAACUGUUUGUCCUUUCCUGGUUGGUUAUGCCAUUUUAAAGGACGUUUCAUACCUGUUUGGCGCGAAAUUCACCGGUCAAAAAUUCUACGGCUGAAGUCAUGACAACUUACCAAUAGGACAGUGAGUGAUAUUUCACGCCGCUCCCGAAAUUCACCGGUCAAAAAUUCUACCGGUGACUUCAUGACAAUUGACCCAUAGGACUGUGAGUGAUAUUUCACGCCGCUCUCGACACAGCAUAUGUCAAUCAUUUUUUUUCUCGCGUGAAUUUAUAAUGUGAUUCAAAUCCAUUCAGGCAAAACAAGUCGACCUGAAACUACGUCCCUCGCUUGAUCGCUGCGCGACCUCGUGCCUUGAAGCUUGCUUCCCUCACUUUUAAGAACUUAUGAGAGGUAGACUUGUAGCAAGUCUAGGUGUGGAAGUCCUUGAUUUUCCUUAAUAAUGAUAAAAACAAAAACGUACACUCUUUGGGAUAUGUUUUGCCUAGCAUAGUACACAACCAACAGCUAAAUGUCGGCUUACUAAUACAUGACGCCGUUAUUAUUAAACCCGGCCUAGUCACAAGGGGCGCUUUCCAUUUAACAAAAAUUCUGGUUUGAAUUUUCGGAAAUUCCAGGUGCCAAAAUGAGCGGUAUAUUCCGGUUGCACAGACCCGACCCAGGCCACCGCGCAUUUGGUUAUUGUUCUUGUAAGCAGGAUACAAAACAGCGGUACUGGGGACAACAAUUUUAUCAAAUUGAAAGGCACAUUUCGGUCCGACCGAUCGAAAUGACCAGACCGGUCAAAGUGGACCACUUUUAAAGCUGGUCCUCCGUUCCAUUUGAUGUACCAACCGAAUUUUACGGAAUUUUGGGUUGAAGUUUUGACCUUUGAUCAGAAGCCUGAAACUCGCGCUUUCCCGCACUCCCUAACGUGUGGUUACUUUUAGUAUACAUAGUUUAUUCACUUUUUAGGGGUAACAUAAAUACUGGUAACCCAGUAGUUUCUAUUGUAGCCCACAAAUAAGACCAGAAACACGAAGACACUUUGAAAACAUUUGGAAAUAAACAUAACAAAGUUAAGAAGCCCAACUGCCCCGAAGCAAACCAGUUGGCUAUUUACAAGCGUGACCGACGAGUUAACCUCGGGACCCUCGAGAACAAAUCCAGCUAGUGAUUUAAAGGCGGGGGGAGGUGGAGGAUUGAACCAAAGGCCCCCAGAUUGCAAUACCAGCGCUUUAACCGCUCAACCUCGCUGCCUCCUUUGGUGACCUUUGAUGCACUAACAUAAUUCCUGAAAUGAGCACACUCUUUCCCCCUUUAGUCAUAGCUAUAACAAAAUUCUCAAAUCUGAUUGGCUAUCUAUUGUACUGAUUUAAGCACUAAUAGGACAGUACGCGCCAUCAUGCGCGCGCUUCAACGGUUUUUUUUUCUUCACUGCUAGCAAAAAACUCUGGGAAUUUCUUGUGCUUUGAUUUUAAAAAGCCUGCAAAUUUUGUUAUAGUCAUGAUUUUGAUUAAUUGGUAACAGAACUUCGUGUCUUCCAAUUCGGUCUGUAAUCAUACUCGUAAUAAACAAAUCGGACGACCGCGUAUUUUGUUUAUCAUUCCGUCUCGUAUGAUUACAGACCGAAUUGGACUCAACUCAGUCCUACUACCAUUAUUAAUGACGAAUUAUUAAGGACCGAGAUCGGUUUGAUUUGUCAUUUAUUUUUUUGUAGACUGACAAGCUUACCCAAAUGGAUGAAGCCGAGCGUGAAUUGGAGGAGUUCAAAAGGUAUGGAAGCUCAGAAAAGUCGUUUUAAUAGUCAGGAUUGACGCGUUCGUUUGGGAUGCUUAAGAUACAUGGCCCACUGCCUAUGCUGUGGUUACUGUCGUGCCUGGACAUCCUUUGUGCUUCUCGUGUAUUGUCGUGUAUCUAGUUUACAGAUCUUGCUCUUUUAGGAAAAAACAGAGUGUCUGCUAACCGUUAUCGUUUUGCUUCAGGUUUUGCAUGAAUCUAACACCACUGGAGAGAAGGGAACGUAUUCCAGUAAAUGUCAACCUGAAGGGGCUCCUGGGCGGCAAGAAAAAUGGUUCCUCGUAGAUAAUGCUCCACAUUCUACCUCAGCCCCUGAUCAAAGUGGGCCCCCAGGCCCGUUGAUCCAGUUUUACCCGAUGACCUAUUUGACUAGACGAGCCACUUAAAAAGCAGCUUAAAAAAGGCGGCAGACGAAGUCUUUCAUCGAUGAGUUUUCAUUUCAAUUUAAUCAAAUGCACAGAGAAUUAUAUUACCAAAUAAAAUGUCUAUUUAGUUUCGUGAAGAAUUCCAC